UUUGUUUCGUAUGUUUUUGUGCUGCAGCAUGUGUUGAAAUGUAUUCUGGCAAAAGAAGAAUCUGAGAAUUUUCGCUAGAAAUCAGCAGAAAAUCUUCGUCAGCAAAAGCGUGCACUUUAAUGGAAAACUAGGGUAACUUAUCCACUUAAUUACUCAUUUAUACGUAACGAGUGCAAAUGCUGACGAGGUCAAGGUUACGAAACAUUCAUCGAAGGUAAUUGCAGCUGCGGAAGAGAGAAUUCGGAUGCUAAAAUACAUACUCAAGUUUAUUUCAAUAAUUUGAAACAGCAAAAGAGCAGCAGCAGCAGGGCUAAUCAAGCCGCUCAACCUCAACAACCACAAAAGCAGCAUAAGAACAUCAAAUUUAUCUUGCCAUUGCCAAAAAAAAGUUCUAUUACCCGCCUUAACCAUUAAGCAUGCUAUUGAUACGCAAUGUACAAUGCCUUCAGAGAGGUGUCACAUUGCCAACAGUCGCCUACGCUGCACCACAAAUGUGUUUGCUCGGAAGAACGGCGAGAGUCGAAGGAAAAGAUGUUCACACUAGCCUUAGGUAUUUGACCAAAUGGCCCUCACAUCUUAUCGGUUAUACUCAACAUAGUAAUUCCACCUUGGAAAAGUACCCAGGAAACAUGAUGAUUCUACGAACAAUUAAAAACAGGUACGCAAGCAACGAAAGCAGAGAACGAUUGCCCCAAAAUUUGGGCAUACAAGAGAAGAACCCUAGCGGAGAUAUGAGUGUAGACAACUUAAGUAAAUCUCAUGUGAUAAAGAAUAACAUAGUAAAUGCGGUUAAACCAUAUUGGCGCUUAAUGCGUUUGGAUAGACCUAUAGGUACUUACUUGCUUUUCUGGCCUUGUGGUUGGAGUAUUGCGCUGAGUGCAAAUGCUGGCUGCUGGCCUGAUUGGAAAAUGUUGGGCCUUUUCGCUACUGGGGCAUUGAUAAUGCGUGGCGCCGGAUGUACUAUUAAUGAUCUCUGGGACAAAGAUAUUGAUACGAAAGUCGAACGUACUCGAAAUCGACCACUUGCCGCGGGCGAAAUCACGCAAUUUGAUGCUAUUGUUUUUCUGUCAGCUCAGUUGAGCUUGGGCUUAUUAGUGCUGCUGCAGUUAAAUUUGCAAUCAAUAGUAUUAGGAGCAAGUUCCUUAGGAUUAGUCGUUACAUAUCCACUAAUGAAGCGGAUAACAUAUUGGCCUCAGCUGGUACUGGGCAUGGCUUUUAACUGGGGUGCACUUCUAGGAUGGUGCGCGACACAAGGUGCGGUCAAUUGGGAAGCUUGUUUGCCAUUGUACCUCUCCGGUAUAUGUUGGACGAUUGUAUAUGACACCAUAUAUGCUCAUCAGGAUAAAUUCGACGACAUUCAAAUCGGUGUGAAAUCAACGGCUUUACGAUUUGGGGAUAAUACUAAAAUCUGGCUAUCUGGAUUUACGACGGCUAUGUUAUCUGGACUUACUUUGGCUGGUAUAGCGACCGAACAAACAAUAGCAUACUAUGCAGCAGUCGGUGUAGUAGGAGCCCACUUAGUACAGCAAAUAUAUUCACUCAAUAUUAAUAACCCAUCAGACUGUGCGAAGAAAUUUUUUUCUAACCACCAAGUGGGAUUGAUUUUGUUCCUUGGGAUUAUCUUGGGCACACUUUUAAAACCAGAAGAGAAAGUGGAUAGCAGCACAGUGGCCAACGCAAGCAAUACCCUUACACAAAUGCAGGCGACGGGUGGACUGGUUCAAAUACCUGCUACACCUGAAGCAUUGACGUAAUGGGUUUUCCAGCGGUUUUUCCGAUCCUAAUAAAGGCUACUAUAAUAAUAAUAAUUGGCUAUUUUGUAAACCAAAGGGUAAUUUUUAUUUUUGUUAAGAAAAUAAUUUAGAAUUAAAAAUUAGUACAAAGUAUUAAAAACGGGACUUUUCAAAACUCUCA